UAUAAAGCGCGGGCGCGGCAUCUCUUAAGCAGCGUUCCAUUUCCCAUUCCCACUUCACUUGGUGAACCAGGAGCGAGAGCGCAUCCACAUUUCGCCAUGAGGGAGAUCCACCGACCCUCCUCUUCCCCUGCGACCCUGCUGUUUAUCGUUCUCCUUCUCGCCGGAGGCGGAGGAGGCGCCGCCUCCGGGCCGAUAAAGACGGUGGUCGUGCUGGUAAUGGAGAACCGCUCCUUCGACCACAUGCUGGGGUGGAUGAAGAGGAACAAUCCGGAGAUCAACGGCGUGACGGGGCAGGAGUGGAACCCGAUCUCGACGACCGACCCUUAUUCGCGGCGAGUCUACUUCCAAGACGGCGCCCAAUACGUGGAUCCGGACCCGGGGCACUCAUUCCAGGCCAUACGCGAGCAGGUCUUCGGCUCGGACAACUCGUCUGCCGACGUGGCGCCGAUGAACGGGUUCGUGCAGCAGGCGACAUCCAUGUCGGAGAAUAUGACGGAGAGCGUGAUGAAUGGGUUCCCUCCGCAGAUGGUGGCGGUGUACGAAGCGCUGGUCCAGGAAUUCGCAGUGUGUGAUCGAUGGUUCGCGUCGAUGCCGGCGUCGACGCAGCCCAAUCGGCUUUACGUCCACUCCGCUACCUCCCACGGCCUCAUCGGCAACGACAAUGGAGCUCUGAUACCUGGGGUUCCACAGAGAACAAUGUUCGAGAACAUUGAUGAAGCAGGACUUUCUUUUGGAAUAUACUACCAGAAUAUACCAGCUGUUCUGUACUAUCGCAACCUUAGGAAGAUCAAAUACAUUUCCAAAUUUCAUUCCUAUGGGAAGUCGUUCAAGGAUCGUGCACUUGAGGGCAAGCUCGAGAACUAUGUUGUCAUCGAGCAGCGUUUCAUGGACUCAAAAGACAAGCCGGCCACCGAUGAUCAUCCUUCCCAUGACGUGUACCAAGGACAGAUGUUUAUCAAGGAGGUCUAUGAAACCCUUCGCGCCAGUCCCCAGUGGAAUGAGACCCUCUUAGUCAUCACUUACGAUGAGCAUGGUGGCUUCUUUGAUCAUGUUCCAACACCAGUGAGGGGUGUCCCUAGUCCUGAUGACAUAGUUAGCCGUGCGCCUUUCUUCUUUAAAUUCGAUCGUUUGGGAGUUAGGGUACCUGCCAUUAUGGUCUCUCCAUGGAUCGAGAAGGGCACUGUUAUUCAUGGUCCCAAUGGACCAACUCCAACUUCAGAAUAUGAACACUCAUCCAUACCAGCAACUGUGAAGAAACUUUUUGAUCUACCUUCAUUCCUGACAAAAAGAGAUGCAUGGGCUGGAACUUUCGAGGGCAUUGUGCAAACUAGGACAACACCACGAUCUGAUUGCCCAGUUCAACUCCCAACUCCCUUAAAGAUUAGACCCACUGAAGCUAACGAGGAGGCCAAGCUGACUGAGUUCCAGCAAGAGCUCGUGCAACUCGCAUCAGCGCUAAAUGGGGAUCACAUCCUGAUCGACUUCCAAGACAAAAUCGUGAACAAUAUGACGGUCAGGGAAGCCAUAGACUACGUGGAUGCUGCAGUCGAGCGCUUCUUGGAAGCAGGAAGAUCUGCAAAGAAGAUGGGCGUCGAUGAGGAGCAAAUUGUGAAACUGAGACCAUCACUGACGUCGAGGUUUCCAUAAAAUGUGUCUCCUUGAAGACUGUUGGUGUUAGUUGGGUAUAUAAACAUGGUCGAUCAUUCUUGCUGCUGAUCAUCUAAAUAAAAUGAGCAGGAAGGAUACUUGCUGCUGCUGCUGCCUGCUAGGGAUAUUUAAAUUUCUGAUAGUUAGGAGUUAUCAGUCUUCUUCCUGUCGAAAGGGCCCAGGGAGGGAUGUGUAGUGUUUUCUGUAGUUUUAAUUAUGAUUGGAAUGGAUCGGC